GCAGCCGGUUUCGUUCAAACACAUAAUAAUGAAAUGUCUGACUUGUCUCAGUGGACUUUCUAUGGCCUGCUCCCCUUCAGUUCAGUCGUUUUGUUGUUUUUUGGAUGAAUUCUUGGGUUUUAUUUUUCUUUUAUUCACAUGGAAAAUUGGCAAGUUGUGCACUAUUAUUUGACACAGGUAACUGGUUGUAUCACCUCACUAAAUCCCUAGCUAGCUAAUUUCCUAUAGCGCCCAGCUAAGGUUUGUCUUUGGUGUCACAUGGUGGUUUUAUACAGAAAACAUUAGAGCUAUGGUGAGUGUUUUUCUUUGUUUUGUUUUUUUAAGCUGCAAGAUACUGUAUUUAUAAAGUUAGCCUCACUGUAAAGACUGGAUUCUCUGGAACAAUUAGCUUGUGUAUUUACCAUAAGAAACUACCAUUAAUGUUACUUGUUUUAUGGGAAUUACUAAAUAAAUCCAUGGCAACUCUAGCUAAUUUAAUCACCUUUCUCUCUUUCAUUUUUGGUGCUCUGUUUCUUUAAAUUUUCCCUCCCCUUUGGUGCCACUGUUGUUCCCAUGUGUACAGUCAAAAAUGAUAUCACCUCUAACUUGAUGCUUUUUGUCCACGUGACUUGGUGCUGGAUGGCUACUGAGUUUAUUAAUUUGGUUUUGUAUGUUUUUUCUGUGUGAUUAUGUGUGCAUAUCAGAUGACUAGACUGGCCCAGCUGUUACACUACACUAGCCUGAGUCAGGCAUUGUUUUCCAAGCCACUAUCCCCGAUCGGGCCAACGCAGCCUUCAAGGGGGAAUGUGACCAGGAGAAUAGCCCGCUGAACCUUCCAAGAUGGACACCUUGUCUCUUUUUAUUUAUUUUUCUUUUCUUUUGCUGCGGCUUGUGUGUGAUUGAAUUCUGUCCAGGUUGCUACGGCAUACCGGUGGGAUGUGUAUCACACAUGGGAUGCUAGGAGGAUCACUAACCCUUUACUCUCUUGUCUCCUUCUCCUGUUGAUGUAGUGAGGGGCUAGACGUUAUAAAAGUGAGACCCAGUAAUAAAACCUUUACCUCAUUUGAAGAUAGAAUCUUUAAAAUUCUAUUUGCACUUUUGAUCUGGAGUGAUUUAGGAGUUUUUCCCUCACAUUACUACCCUACAGCUCUGAUGUGGAUGUUUAGUAUUUAAUAAUAACACAGAAUUUAUCCAUUUUACAUCAUUUCCUCUCUGAACCUGGAAAUUCGUGACACAUGCAUUAAUGUUUUGCGUCGUUAUUUGUUUAGCACUAGGAAACUUGUCGCAUUGCAUAAAUGGUCAUUCAUGCUCAGUGCCUCCAGCUAUAAUGAACUGAAUUUGUAGUUAUUUUGUCUCUUUUUAGUUGUACUUUACCCUUCUCCUUCAGCAGAUUUUAACCCACAGUGGAAUGAGCACAGUUCCUAAAUUGGUUGUUUUUUAUAGCUAAGUCUUGGCUAACAUUUCCUACAGUUCUUAAAAUUGUUGUUCUUUUCUGUAUCUGAUGUUCUGUGUGCUAUUAGUGAUGCAGCCAUUGGGGUUGUCUUGUGUUGCACACCUUUCCAACACUGCGAAACGAUCGCCCCACGGAAAAGCGCCCAUGCUUGAUAUCGUAUGGUUCAUGACCAAUAUGUUUCCAGUACAGGGAAAAUCCCAGAGGAGGCCAAGGCCUUGUCACUUUUGGCACCUGCCACUCCAGUACCCAGUCUGAUUCCUGGCGGGGGACUGCUACCAAUCCCUACUCCAGCUCCGCUUCAGAAUCUCAACCUUCCAGUAGUGAAUCGGAUGUCGGCCAGUCUUGACCCCGCAGCGUCAGUGCAGUCCCAGCCCCCCCUCAUGGGGAAUGUGGAUCCCUCAAAAAUCGAUGAAAUCAGGAGGACGGUCUAUGUUGGCAACUUAAACUCACAGACCACCACAGCAGAGCAGCUGCUGGAGUUCUUCAAGCAGGUGGGAGAUGUGAAGUUUGUGCGAAUGGCCGGAGAUGAGACGCAGCCGACACGUUUCGCCUUCGUAGAGUUUGUUGAGCAGGACUCCGUCGCCAGAGCCCUGACCUUCAAUGGAGUCAUGUUCGGGGACAGACCUCUGAAGGUGAAUCAUUCCAAUAACGCAAUAGUGAAACCACCAGAGCUGACGCCACAGGCUGCUGCUAAGGAGCUAGAAAGUGUGAUGAAGAGGGUGAGGGAGGCCCAGUCCACCAUCGCUGCCGCCAUAGAACCAGCGGACAUAAAGACGCGAUCGUCCAGCCGGUCCAGAAGGACUCGCAGGUCCCGCUCACGUUCCCGCUCCCGUUCACACUCGAGAACGCGCAGGAAAAGAUCCCGAUCGAAACACAGACCGUCGCAGAGGUCGUGGCCUGGGAAUGACUCCCGCAGCUCCCGAAGCAGCCACAGGAGGCGCUCUCGCUCCAAAGACAGGAAACACAGUCGAAGUCGCUCUAGGGGCCACAGGAGGAGGAGUAAAGAUCGAUCCAGGAGCCCUCGGAGGAAAGCAAGAUCACCCUCACUGAAAAGGGGUAAGAAAGACAAGAGGAGGGAGCGCAGCAGGGAAAGAAAGGACCGCUCCACAUCCAGGAAGAGGAGCCGCAAAGACGAGGACAGGAUAAAGAGCAAGGCCAAGCCAGUGAAGGUGGGAAGGGACUACGACAGAGAAAAGGACGACUAUGAAAGUGACAGAGAGGACUCAGCAACACCCAGUGAGGACAUGACACUAUCACCCUGCGUCCAGCACAACGGCAGCUAUGUGACUCACAGUAAGGAGGAUGCCACUGUGGGUGCAGACAGCACCAAGUGACUGCUACGAGAUUAUAGAAACUAAAUCCUGAUCUAUCAAACGAUCUCAACACCCAUUGCGUGCGUAUAAAUUCAUAAACACAGGAAAACCACUUACAGCAUUUUGUUUUUUCCCAUCAUCAUCAUCAUCAUCAUCAUCGUCAUCUCCUGUGGUGCAAUCUUAUUUUUGUUCAAUAUCCUUUUGAUAAAGAACCAUCUUGGCAACAUGGAUCCUGUAAUUUGGCUCAUUGUCAGUGUCCCAACUAAAGAGGAAGUGAGCACUGUGGAGGUGGCCCCACGUCUUCUGUUUAACAGGCCAGUCGAAGAUGCUGGGACUUUUAAUGUAACACAGCAAUACAAGACAGAAAGUACCGAACAGUGGAAUCGGCGCCUGAACAACAACUGAUGAGAAUCAAGUCGGUUUGUUUCAAGGCAACUGAACUGGGCUGCAUGAUACUGUACAUAUUCUCCAGUGUCCUCCAAUAGUUUAUGUUGAAGAACUCAAGCACUUGUCUUGUUUCCAUGGAGAUACUAAAGCGCUAGACAUCUGGACCAGCGGUUCAGAAACAUGCGCGGGCCAUAACCAGCUGCUGAGCAUCGUCACAGUCUGUCACCACAGGAUCAAUAAUGUAUCUUAGAAAAGUCAUUUAAAAAAAAAAAAAAAAAAAAAAAAAAAAGUCGAGGCAGAACCAAGCAGAAGUCCCACAGGAAGAGUUUGUACUGAGAACUGCGUUUUAACUUCAGAUUUUAAAAAGACCAAAAUGUUUCCCUCCAUUCCUCCAGUGACAUCGUGACUGUACGCUUUAAUAGUCAAAAAGCUUUAUAAGCCUCUGAGAAUGUCAUUGUUUAUGUCAAAGUAUGUAAGACAUAAAAUAUGUUUUUGUCCGAAUAUUGCAAAAAUCAAUAUACUGCAACAAUCUGCAUUAACGGUAAUAAAUACUCUUAAAUUAUGUCUGCAGUGGUUUUCAGUGGUAGAGAGACCUAAUCAUUAUUACCACUCAAGGCCUCCAUACCUGUGGUGUAUGAGAAUCAGUGGAAAAGUAGAGCUGUAAAAUAAUCAGAGGUAUCACAAAAGCAAAAAGGAGCAGAGCUGUUGAGUGCAGACACGUGGUUAAAACAAUUAAUCUUCGCUCCACUGUACAAGCAAAAACAGAACAGAAAACAGGCCGGGGCUGGCAGUUACUCGGGAUUGCAUCACAUUUCAAGUUUUGCACACUUCCUCAGGCAGCAUUUAAGUGUUAUAAAUCUAACACAUUUGAAACUUCAGUAAAACUUUAUUAUCCGGUCACGUCGAUCUGUAUCGGCUUCUGCCUGGCUGCGAUUUCAGUCUGGGGAGUGGAUUAAGAGCAGCAGAGUUUGAUUUUAAAGAAAUUCUUUAAUAUUCUGUAAUUGUAAGUGUCUUUAGAGCCUCCACUUGAAUCAUAGGUUUCUUAUAUGGCCUUUCAUAUAUCAUAUAGCAACUGUUUUCAGAGACGGUAGAGCUGCCCAGACAAGUACGUGAUACUGUCUGUGGUAUCGGUUGCAUUUGUCAAAACGUCACAAAUAUGUAUUGGAAAAUGACAAAGAUUAUGAUGUUAUCCAGGACCCUCCAGUUAAAACAACGUUCUUUUACCAACUCAACCAGUUUUCUUUUAUUAGGCAGCUGAAAUAUUCCUUAAAAAGGAAGACAUUUAUUUUAUGACACAGUGGGGUCACAGUGAGGGUGUGUCGCGUCUAAGUGUUGUACUAAUUUUGCUGCUGUGACCUUGGUGUGGUUGAGACGGCAACUUCCUGUAUUCCGUUUGCUUAUUUGAGUGAAGCAAAUGGUAUAUUACAUGUUUAAUACAUUAAAUACAUGUUAGUACAUGUUCAGGGUCUAAUAAAAAUGGUGGGAAAACAGCGAUUUCUUUUGUUACUGAAAUGCUCAUAUGCCUUUUGUGUGCUGUUGAAGGAAAAUUAUAACUACAAGGUCUCUGAAAGACUUUAUUUCCUGUUUUGCACCAUUUUCCUCCAUCUGGGAACUGCCAUGUGCUGCAAUAUGUAUGGUCAUUUGGUCAACAUGAACACAUGGUUUUAUUUCCUGUUUAUGUCCUGUACAUGUACUUGCUUUUUUUUUUCUUCUUUUUUAUAUAUAUAUUUUUCUGAUUGCUAGAUGUUGCAACAAGAUCACAAUGAAUCAUGUUCUUUCUCCUGUUAUUGUUGUAAUGCUGUGAGAGAAAAAAACUAUUAACUGUUUUAUAGCUACAAAACAGUCCUAUACUGUAAAAUGAUGGUGGUGUGCAGAAUGUCUGUCGGCUCAUAUUUCUGGAGGAAGUUAAGAUGCUCAUAAAGUCUAAAGCGGCUGAACAAGAUAUGUCAGAGGUCAACGUACUGCUCGUAAGCACAGAAGGGUCAAAAAGUGCCUAGACAUAGAUUGUACAGAAUAUUCUAAUAAAAUACGGAGACUUAUUGACAGA